AAGCACACGACAUACACGUGACUGUACUUUCACAACACGUACAAAAACUUUGCAUUGCCAUACUCAUGUGUGUUUUUUUGUUUAUUUUUUGUCAUUCAUGCACGACACGUUCUUUUUUUUAAUGUACAGGUUUACUGUACUUUGAUUUCAGUGCCUAUGAUUCCUAAGAAUCUGUGGCUCAUUUGCAAUUUGUGAAUAAACGCAUAAAGUUUAGUAUGUCGACUUAAGUAAAUGUAUUUUUAUAUCGUAGACUAUUCAGGAUGUUAGUAUUCAAAUUAUUUAUAUGUUUAAUGGUCAGUGUGUAUGCCGGUCCAGCUACUGAAAGUUUUAAAAAUCAAUAUUGUACUGAUCCGCGUACUAUGAAGAGACACACGGCGUAUACGGAGUGGGCGGACGCCUACUCUUGCACGAGACACCGUUGCCAACCUGGCGGGAGAAAUCUGGCUAUAUACACUGUCGGAUGCAAGCGUGUAGAGCCACCUGAGUCAGCAAUCGAAUGCGAGGAGGUCGUCGAAGAUACCAACAUGCAGUUCCCAUAUUGUUGUCCACGACUACGAUGCUUAGUGGUCGUCCGUGGCGAGGUGUGGACACGCGUGUUGGGUCAGCCCUGGGAAACGCUACCCGCCGCUGAACACGAAAUGUCUAUGGACGUAGAGAACGCAAAAGAACAAGACACAGAAAAGAAAGAGAGCAAGUCCCCGAACCUACAGGCGCUGGUGGACGCCAUCGGCAGCAGGAUGCGGGACAUCGAGAACGUGGUGCAGAGGAUGAGCCAGAAGGUGCACAGGAACAAGCCGCAGUCCGACAUAGGCAAUAGCAUGAACAGUAUCGAGAGGAGGUCUGAAGAUAUACAAACUCGUAAAGGCUUAAGUCAAGACAUUAAAGAGCACGACCACGAAAUCGUCCUUUCUAAAAAUCAGUAUUCAAACAGCGAAUCUUUUAAACGUUUCAAAUCUCCGUCUAUUUAUAACAGAGUCAAACAUAUGCACGGCACAACAGAGCCCAAUAGCGAUGUGCCCUUGUACGUAGAGGAUACCAACUUAAACGGAUACUUCAGUGACGUCAGCAACAGUAUACUGCGGAGAGUCGGACUGCCUAAAGAACCUAUCGCAACAUACAUGGCUCCAGUUGAAAAUCGGGUAAAACCUCAAGUUCAUACAAUAGUCGUCAGUUCAGGAGAAAUAGAGAAGUCAAAGAAGAAGAAGCGAACUCACAAAAAGAAGAAAGUAAAUAAAAUCCACAAGAAACAUCACUUGAAAGAAGAAAAGAAAAAACAUUUCAACAGAAAGAAAUCGUCUGAAAUAGAGAAGAAUGUUGUAUCACUUGAAGAUAGCAGUUCUGUUACUUCUUAA